UCCGCCUCAGUGGCCUAGUUCUCGAAUGCCGCAAAUAUCGGACCUGCAUGCUGUUCGUCCAAUGCCAUCGAGACUACCUAACAUCGCUGUAACUAAACCACCUUCUGUUACAGUCGCGUCUUCUUUUCUGUCGUCUGCAUCGUGCCAUCUGUUUCGAAUCCCUAGAAAAAUUUCCCCCCAAAAAACGUGAACCUCGGAAAGGUGGAGUUGCGCAACAUGCGGUCGACGGCGACUUGCGGUUUUCAGGUCCGAGUUCCACUUGUUUUCGUCUUUCUAUGAGUCUGUAGUCUGGGAUGGUGCUAAACAGAGGUGCGACAGCAACCACGAGUCCCAGAGCUGUCGUCAUCACUCUGCCUUGAAAGUGCCUGAACGAGGAAAGUGCUUACUGCAAGGCAUGGCUUCGACGGUUUCGUACAAAUGCUGCGCGGUGCUUUGAGCGAACAAAGUGGAGUUCCGAAGGAAAUCCAGCAUGCGAUGCCCCGGAAUAGCGUUGGCUCUGACGGUUGCCCAGCUCGCCACGGGUCUGGGAUUGACGGCUCUAUGCGUUCAUCUCAUGCUCAAACUGCCGUCGCUCACAACCAGAGACUGGCCUGUUUGGGCAGCGGGACCGCUGAUAACUGCGGGUAUUGUGGGAGUGAUGACAGUGUACAGCGCCAAGCACUACAAGACGACGCCAAACAGGAAGCCCAUCUUCGUGCUCAAGGUGGUGAGCUUUGUGCUGAGCAGCCUGAGCAUGGUCCUGUGCAUGGUGGCCGCUGCCUUCCUAGUUCUGCACGUAUUGCUCUACAUUGACCGCUACAGCGAAUGUCGCUACGAUCUCCGGGGCCAUCAAUGUUUCUGCACGCUACCCAGCCAUUCUCAGCUGUACAGAUACUCGAAUGUCACUUGCCUACAGGUUGGCGGUUCAAUCAAGGGACUCUUCUACACUACAGCAGCAGUAUCAGUCGUCGCCGGUAUCUCUUGUCUUUGGUACCUGGCCAUCCUGUGGAGCAGUCGUUAUGUCUACUUUUACUCGGGAGUAGCGCAAGUGAAAUCCAUUCCGCAAGUGUUGGAGCAAUACUCUACUCAGCAGCAUUCAACUUGAACAGCUCAAGGACACAUACAGCGGCAGUUUCCUUCUUUUUGUCGUGACCACCGCUAGGUGUGCAUGUGUUCCGGAACGGAAGUCAAGAAAGCGAGACGUACCCAAUCGUCACCCGCGGGAACCAAGACCUUGUUUUGUCCCAAGUUCUAGCGGGGAAGCAGCAUAGUAUAGGCACUAUAGAGGUAUUUUGCGAAAACUCUAGUCAAUCCAAGGCGUCCACUACUCUAUCUACUCCGAGGGUCUGUCGACGAUCCCCGAUAAAUUUCUUAUUUAUAUAAGCGCUCUCGUUGUUGUCCGAUAUUGAAAGUCUCGAAGCGAAAUCUUUUGACGGGCGCGAUGUCUCCGGUUCAUGUGUCCGAAAUGGAGCUAACGCGCCAUUGGUCUGGACUAUAGUUAGCAUUAGUGACUUUGUAGGGGCAUUUGGGUGACCAAGCAUGGGACCAACGUGAAUUCCGAUCCAGAGAGGAUCUAUCCUUGAUUUGUGCCAAAGAAGAGGGUAGCCGCUGUAAAUAAACUUUUCCACGCCAACACGUCAGUUGCGCCAAGGUAGUAUCUUAAUUAAUGAAUACGUUAGAUACACGGUUAGAGUUCUAAGAACUUGGCACGAGUACGUGAAUCAAUCAAGCGAGUGAACAUUUUGAAACAAGGACGCCUCGAUGAAAUGGACGUGUCCACUUUAUUGUUUGCUUCCAUUGUUCUUCUACAGGAACUCUCCCUUCAACGCUCGCUAGUGCAUUUCGUCCUCAAAACUGCCAUCACAAAGUGUCCCUAUCUUAUCUUAUGUGUCUUAUUAACGAUGCGCCUCGUACAGUGCGAUGCGUAAAAUAGGCACUCGUGACUUUUCCCCCCUAAUGGGAGACGCUUUAUCUCGUACAGAACAGACAGUGAGAGAUAAUGUCCAACUCAGAAAGAACAUAUUUCGGGAGACCCAAUCGAAGGCGGGUAUUUAUACAUCUUCCAGCCAUAUGGAUGCAGUUAUCUCAAUCAUAAUUGAUUACAUCGCUGAUAGCGUUUAAUUAUUGCGCAAUUCCAAUGCCAUCCUGCAGUUUCUUUUAUUUAUCACAGUCGAUUGACACGCAAACAUACUCCCCAAGCAGCACAAUGUACUGAAAGUCGAGUGCAGUAGGGGUGGACGAGUAGGUGGAAGGCCUUGAACAGACUCGAGAAACUAAAGAACAAUGAUAAGAGACAUACCGGCCACUCCUAUUGCAUUCGACUUUCAGUACAUUGUGCUGCUUGGGUCUCACUUAUCAAUCUAAGAAGGAAUGAUAAGCGCCUAUCAGGAAGGAUGGAAACUGCAAUUUGGUGUGGAUCUCUUGGAAGCCUUAAUAAAGGGCAAAGGGUGAUGAUUCUCAGUGGAACCGACCAUUUCUAUUACGUUGUUUAUUCCGCGUUAUCGUGGCUAUGAGGACAGCAGGAAGGAGUAUGCGUCCCGGGCCGACUUCAUUGGACAGACUGCCUACGUUCGUCUGGAAAGUCUUGGGAAAAAGCUUGAGACAGCACUGCCGGUGGUAGGAUUCCAACUCACCACCUCCCAGCACGACCUUGACUACCGCCAACGAGCACCCUCGAGUCCCGCCUGCUUUCCGCUCAUAGACACAGCUGCCUCGCGGUGCAAAAAACACCUGUCACCGUGUGAGUGCAGUUGUACGGUCCCACACAAUCAUGCCUGUACAGCAGAUCGCUCUGCGUCUAUGCUUGGCGGAUCAUAGUUGAUGCUCUGGCAACCCAAGUUGCCAUGGCGACGCAGAGACGCUAACGACCUUCAGCGUGGUGAGAGGAAAGAACGCAGAUACAUAUGGUUUUCAAUUUUUCGGUCCAACUCGCUGUAAGCUGCGUUAAACAUUGGCAGUGUGGCAGUACGUGUGCUUUCCGAACAAUUCUAUUGAAUCGGGACCUAUAAUUCACAAUGAACUGAAGGUCAUCGACGGUAGCCUUUCCUGGAGUUUGAGGACGGCGAGGACGUUGGUAGGGGAGAAUAGGAAAGUGCCGAAAGUGGAAGGAAGGAUAUAUCUGUCAACUCGCCUGCCCUAUGAAACUUCGGGCGUCGGAACCAAUUGUGUGGCCGCGGUUUUUUUUUUUUUUUUCCCACAGAAACAAACUUAAACGACCCGUUGUUACACAUGAGGCUUAAUUUUAUCACCUAACUUUGAUAUGUUUCAUGAUCUUAUCAUGUACAUCUUUCCCGGGUACGAAAUACAGAUAUUUUGUUGUUCUGCGGA